GACAGUGGCACUUAGAUGAGGUGGGAAAGUUUAAAGUGUAGAUGUAACCACCUGCAAUUUCUGGACAAGAGUUAUAAAGACUUACUUCCCUUGGCAUAAAGACUUACUUCCCUUCGCAUUUACCUUACAAACAACAAUAUAAACAAUGGAAGCGUCGCCUUGGCCUGUUAUUGUGGUUAUCAUUGGAUGCUAUGUGACGUCAUCGUCCGGUCAAAAUGCGCCGGUUCCGGCCUGCAAGUUUGUGCCAGUGAACAAUAAAACAUUUGUGGAAGACAUCUCUCAGUUUUUCAACAAAGACAGCGACAUCAAAAUUUUGGAGUACCACGUGAUCGGCUUAAACCUGAGCUCAUUGACUGGACCUGAUGCCUACCAGCCGAGCAGAUGGUAUCGAACUCAGGGCAUAGGGAGCUCCCAGCUGUUGCUGAUCUACCACUUCUACUACGGCCUGCUGCAGGUGUUCCUGUCUCUGAGUGUGGCUUCUAGAGAUGUGCCGCUGGUUGUUAGUCCAGGUGACUGUCUGCAGGCCGCUGGGGCUGGGGAGGUGGAGGCGCGGGUGCGGGAUUACCUCCUGCAAGAUUUCUACAUUGACGAGACAGCUGUCAAGUACCCGUUCACGUACUCAGAUGACGUGGAGAUAUGCACGGCCAAGGUUGUGGAUAACGAGGGGUGGGGCAGGCUGGUGUACAGGUGCUGCGGCUACGACUCGGACAAACGGAUGUCGUGUCAUGACGUUUACGAGGGUACCUGGGUCUGGGUCCUGAGGUCGUUCAUUUUGGCCUUGACCUUGAUUUUGUUUCUCUACUUCCCGCUGCUCAUUCCCAAAGGCUACAGAAUUUACACCUACGCCUACUACCCACCUGAUAAUUUGACCUUCAACCUCAUCAUGACACAGAGCCCAAAAAAAUUAAGACCAAUGGAGAAGGCACAGAUUCUGACGUCACGACUGUGGAAACAGAUGAAGACGUUUGCCUCUGAGAUGUGCCGGCUCCAGCCGGAAGUGAUCUACACGGUCAAGGUCAAAAAGGUCAACUUUAACGUCUGCACGGAUAAACUGUUAAGUGAGGGAGGGUCGGCCGUCAGCAUGUGGAGGUCGCUGUUUGAUGCCUUCGUCAGAUGCAAGCUACGUCACAGUGAUCCCCUUGAAGAUUGCUGUAGGACGUCCAUCUGUGGGAACCACAUCUGCACGUGCUGCCCCUCAUGGCAUGCCUGGCUCAAACCUGUGAGGACCGUCCUGGUCAUGGCACUGGUCGCCGCCCCUUCCUUGCCCUUCAUGUACGCCAUGAGCGCAGACGACCUGGAAUAUCAAAAUCUUUCUCGAACAUUCGAGGAAAAAGGUCUUCAGAUGACCUUCAACUUUUACGUGGGUCCAAUCUUCGGGAAAGUUCUGGUCGCUGUACUCGCGUUUAUGUACGUGCUUCACGUGGUUAUUCUCAUCAUCGACGGCGCGACAGACGAGAACAUCAGCAGGUUGUACAGCGACGUGUUGGAUGUAGCCGAGAAGAAGGACCAGCUCAGCAAGAGAAUGUCCAAAUCCCGGAGCAUCAUCCGCACGGCUUGCAACCCCAUCCGGCAGUGCGGCAUCCUCAUCAUCCCAAUCUGGAUCCUCGCUAUCUUUAUCUUACCCAUCAUCGGCCUCGUCCUCUUCAUCUACCACGCUCCGAUGAUCAACGUCGUCAUCCAAGCGUGGAAGAAGCUGCUACAACAAGCCCGGGGGUGUAACCAGAACCCGGAUGAAGGUAAACGUUUCUACAACGCGUGCGAGAUCUUCUGGUUCUUCGUGACCGUGACCUUUGUCUUCAUCGUGAUGACGAUUGGCGCCAACUUCCUUGUUCACGUGCUGGCCAUGUCUAUCGUGACAGUGGUCGUGCAGGCGGACCUCAUCUACCGUGUGGUCCCCGUGGUCCUGAUCCUGCUCAUCUACGUCAGGGAUUCCUUCAGCCGGGUCGGCGCCAAGUACGACGCCUUCCUUGGCACCAUCCUGGGCACCGUCAAGAACAAGGAGAGCGAGGACCUCAGGAGGGAGUGUCUCAAGUCUUGGGACCAGCAGAUCAGCAAAGUCUUCAAGAUCAGUCCCCAGGCCGUCCCGUUUGACCCAGACGAUGAGGUCGUGAAGGCGCCUUUGAACAGAGAGAAAGGUUAUGCAACUUUGGUGCGAGCAGACGCCAGUAACGUGACGAAGCAGACGAAGAAAUUGUUUAACGUGAAGAACUCGAACAUCCGGCUCCACCUGAAGCAGCUGCUGCUGUUCCUGAACAAGGAUGACUUCCUGUUCAUGUCCAAGAAGUUCCUCUUUCACUGCUGCUCCAUGGACUGUGCUGGGGCCCCGGGGGAGCUGGAGGAGAAUUACAUCCAGGCAGGGCUGGAGUUUGCUAAGAUCGGCAUCUUCCUGCUGUUCGUCUUCCUGGUGGUGAUGGCGUACGGCAGCGCCUACUACGUGUCCCCCACCAACCACCUGUUUGUCACCCUCGUCUCCGGUCUCAUCCCCCUCGUCAUCAGGAACAUCUUCAGUAGCAGCCAGCCAGUACCAGUGGUUAAUACGUCUGAUUACAGGUUCGAAUCCCAGCUGAAAGAGAAAAUCGAAUCUUUCGGUCAAUCCUGGGAGGUGGACGACAUCGUUGUGAGCGGUGUGUCUAGCUUGUACCCAUCUGUAUCAGCCAUGACAGGAGGUGGCCAGAUCAAUUCUACGGGAGUCGUGCCAAAUGGUACAAUCAAUGACAUGAACACCGUGGACCUAGUUCUGGACCUGUCUGACAUGGCACCUGACAGACCCCAGACCAGGCGAGCCAUCAGUACCAGGUUCGGAUCCAAGAUCAGCCCCGGGUGUUGUAGAGACAACACGGUCCGGAAUGAGAGGAACCAGGUGAAUGGUGACGUAACGGUGAGCACCAGUGACGUGGAGGCCGGCCUGCCUGUGGACACACCUGCGAACACACCUGCAGACACAGGUGCGUACAGGUGGAAACAGAUCGCGAGACCGUACGACAAUCAGGCGCAACGUGACCAGGUGGUCAGGGAUCACGAGGAGAAUAAGAAAUCGAUUCUGCACAGUAUCGAUGCUCACAUUUUUGAAAACGCUAUACACAAUAUAAUCAAUCUAACAAAAGACGAAGAACACGAUUCUGACGACGAGGCUCGAUACAGGCGUCGGUCAAGACAACAGGAUUUUUACCCACCAGCGGUCAAUGACUCCAGCAUACCGGAAGUUAGAUCGUCUGCUGGGGGUGACCCAUCAGCUCGUGGUGACGUCUCUGCGCCUAAUGACGCGCACUCUGACGUUUAA